UAUACAGUAAAGCAUUCCAAACCAAAAGAGAAGAUUUGUCUUCGUAUUGAAGUCAAAUCCCCAAGGGAGAAAGAGACAAACGAAAAAACUGUAGCAAGGGAGAAGCAAAGAGAUUACCUUUGGAUAACGAUGGAUAGGCUUAAUGGACCACCACGUCUCAUCUUAGUUACUGAUCUUGAUUGCACACUCGUUGAUCACGAUGAUCCUGAAAACAACGAUCUUCUUAGAUUCAGUGCGCUCUGGGAAGCACACUAUCGCCACGAUUCGUUGCUUGUUUAUUCCACCGGGAGGUCUCUGCGUUCUUACCUGAGCCUGAGGAACAAGAAGCCCUUGUUGACUCCCGACAUCGCCAUAACUUCUGUCGGUUCUGAGAUUGUCUACGGCGGCGAAUCGAUGGUGUCGGAUGAUGUCUGGGAGGCUCGUUUGGAUGAAAUGUGGAACAGAGACAUCGUUGUUGAGGAAACUCUUAAAUUCCCUCAACUCGAGCUACAGCCAGAGAAGAGCCAAGAGCAGCACAAAGUGAGUUUCUUUGUGGGAAGAGAAGAAGCUAUGAAGAUAAUGAAGGUUCUUCCAGGGAUAUUAGAGGAUCGUGGGGUGGAAGUGAAGCUGGUCUAUAGCAACGACUAUGCUUUCGAUGUAUUACCAAGAGGAGCUGGCAAAGGAGGGGCUCUGACUUAUCUACUUGAAAAGUUGGAGUCUGAGGGGAAGAAGCCUUCUAACAUACUUGUUUGUGGUGACUCUGGAAACGAUGCUGAGCUCUUCGACAUUCCUCAGGCGUAUGGUGUAAUGGUUAGCAAUUCGCACAAAGAGCUACUGCAAUGGCAUGAAGAGAAUGCAAAGGACAACCCGAAUAUAAUUCUUGCCUCCGAGAGAUGUGGAGCUGGCAUGAUAGAAGCCUUACAAAGGUUUAAUUUGGGACCAAGCGUCUCUCCAAGAGAUGUUUUGGAUUCUGAAAAUUUCCAGGAGGGAAUCUUGGAUCCUGCUCAUGAGGUUGUUCAGUUUUACUUGUUUUAUGAGAGGUGGCGCCGUGGAGAGGUGGAGAAGUCUGACAAGUAUUUGCAGAACCUGAAAUCACUUUCUAGUCCACUUGGUAUAUUCGUUCAUCCGUCGGGAGUGGAGAAACCGAUACAUGAAUGGACAGAUGAGUUGGAAAGUUUACAUGGGGAAGGGAAGGAAAAGCAGUUUCGCAUUUGGUUGGAUAAAGUUUCCUCUUCUCAUAUCAGUUCAGACACAUGGCUUGCAAAAUUUGACAAGCAUGAGUUAUCUGAGGGAAAAGUACGGUCUUGUUCAACAAGAGUCUUGCUGAGUUGCCAGGAGGAAAAGCAAAAGCUGAUGUGGAUGCACAUCCACCAAUCAUGGUUAGAUGAUGCCUGUCCAGAUGAUGAUAAAGAGAAAUGGAUUUUCUGA